AUUCUUUUUCAUUAUGACAGCUUGAUCUGAUCUCCGAUCUUCUCUCUGCCUGACCACUUUCCCGAUCCUCACCUGCGCUUUUCGGCACUGUCAUCCUCUAACCAGCGUCCAAACCUAGCGUCAGCUAUAAAAUGGCCCUACUCGCCUCCCUGGCUAGAAGCGCAUCUCUUCUCGACGACCUCGACACGACUUCCCCCGUCUCCAACGACGCGACGCCAUGCUACCUGUAAUACCAGAUGUCACCUUUUUGGCCGAUCUCCGCCCUGCCGCCUUCAUACUCGCGUCCGUUUGCGUCCUCAGCCUCGCAGCUCGAGUCGUGCGUAGAAAAUCGGACAAGCAGCAACAGGCGUACCCGCUCCCUCCUGGCCCCAAGCCGCUGCCUAUCGUUGGAAACGUCCUCGGCAUUGACCCCUCGCAACCAUGGGUCUCCUACACUAAGUGGGGGAAUGAAUAUGGCGAUCUCGUGUACUCUCGCCUGCUCAACCAGGAGAUCAUCGUCAUUAACUCCGAAAAGGUCGCCCAGGACCUUCUCGAGAAACGGUCGUCCAACUACUCUGACCGCCCCGCCAUACUGCGCACGACUAACGACUUCUUCGGCUGGAAGUUCAACUCGGUUGUCUUCCCCUAUGGCGAUAAAUGGCGCUUCCACCGUCGCCUUUUCCACGAGGCAUUCCGGCCAAACGCUGCGCUCGUCUAUCGUCCCAUGCAGCUCUCCAAAGCCAGGGACCUCGUGCGCAAUCUCAUCGCGGACGCAAACAACCACGGUUCUUACGUGCAGACGCACUCGGCUUCCAUCAUCAUGAACGUCGCGUUCGGGUAUGACCCGGCGCCGCGCCACGAUCCGCUCGUCGAGGUCGUCGAGCGUGCGGUCGGGUACGCGGUCAAGCUUAUCAGGCCCGAGGUCGCCGCGUUCAUUGGUGCUUUCCCGUGGAUUGUCGACGCGCCGUCCUGGUUCCCGAUGAAGCGGACCGCAAUCUCCUCGCAGAAGCUGGCGGACGAGAUGCGCGACGCCCCGUUCCGUCAGGUUGAGGCUUCAAUGGCUUCUGGCACGGCCGCGCAGUCCAUGGUUGUCGACGCGCUAUACCGUUACAAGGACGCCGAGUCCCUAGACUACAUCAAAGAGAACGUCAAAGAAGCCUCGGUCACCGCGUUCGCUGCUGCAUCUGAAACGACCGCAUCGACCGUGCUCAACCUCCUCUACGCACUCGUCUUGCACCCGGAUGUGCAACACAAGGUGCAAGCCGAAAUCGAUGCCAUUGUGGGCAGCGACAGGCUGCCCGAGUUCUCCGACCGGCCCUACCUUCCAUACCUCGAGGCCGUGCUCCGCGAGUCAUCACGCUGGCACCUUACUGUUCCGCUGAGCAUCCCGCACUCGACAACCGAAGCCGACAUCUACAACGGAUAUUUCAUCCCGCAGGGUGCGACUGUAAUCACGAACUCGUAUGCGAUGUCGCGCAACUCGGCCAAGUACCCCAACCCGGACUCAUUCGUCCCCGAGCGCUUCAUCCUGCCCGACGGGACCCUCAACGACGACACAGUCGACUUCGCGUUUGGGUUUGGCAGGCGUAUCUGUGUAGGCAGAUACGUCGCGGACGCGAGCGUGUGGAGCGUGCUCGCGACGCUGCUUGCGACGUGUACCAUCGUACCCCAGAAAGACGAGAGAGGGAUUGAGGUGUGGGCGGAGCCAGAAUGGGUUUCUGGAAUUACUUCGUUCCCCAAGGGUCUCAAGCUCGACUUCAUUCCUCGCUCGCCUGAGAUGACACAUGACAAGCUUACGAUGCUGCUCUCCAACCUCUGAAUUGCCAACUCUCUCAGAUUUGACAACGCCAUUAUCACGAACCACCAAUCACGGAUAACGAUGUUACGAUCGACGCUCUCUGAAGUUAUCUGAUGCUUUCGUAUUUAUUUUUGCAAUUUUCUCCACGCCACUCUUCUCCCCACCACUCUUCUCUCACAGUCCUCUUGGUCAGCUUUGCUUCGAUCUCAGAACACAUUUCCCGCUUUCACGCUUUCUUCUUUCUUGAUUAAAUGGGUCCGCAAGCAGGUUCAUGCGGCUCACUCUGUUGUAUAACACCAAUCUACCGAAGUCUCGACGUAGGUCACUUCUACGUAUCGACUCUCUUUACUUCCUUCAUACAUCGC